UGAUUCAUGGUUGCAUCUUUUGUCUCCCAUAAGAAACAAGAGGAUCUCUACAUUUUGCUCUCUCUAACUCUUCUUCUUCUUCUUCUUCUUCAACUUUGAUCCAUACAUACAUAUAUAUACAUAUACACAGAGAGAGAGAGAGAGAGAGAGAGGGAGGGAGAGAGAGCUGAUUUCAAGUGAUCGCAAGAAGAAGAAGGAUCUAUAUCUGGGAAAGAUGUUGCAGAGAGCUGCAAGCAAUGCAUAUUCAUGGUGGUGGGCAAGCCAUAUCAGGACAAAGCAAUCAAAAUGGCUUGAGCAAAGCCUUCAAGAUAUGGAAGAGAAGGUGCAGCAUGUGAUUAAGCUUAUUGAAGAAGAUGGAGACUCCUUCGCCAAAAGGGCAGAAAUGUAUUAUAAGAAGAGGCCAGAACUCUUGCAUUUCGUCGAAGAAUCUUAUCGGGCUUUUCGAGCCUUAGCAGAACGUUACGACCACUUAUCGAAUGACUUGCAAAAGGCUAAUCACACAAUAGCCACUGUCUUCCCAGAGCAAGUGCAAUUUGCAAUGGAUGAAGAUGAUGAAUGUAGUAGUAACUUAAAAAUUCCGAAGAAUUCUCAAGUUCCACCAGUCGAUACUGAAAUCAUUCCGAAGGUUCCUAAGGCCCCGAUUAAAGAUUUGAAAGGUCUUAUGACAUCAGCUUCCAAAAAAUUUCCAGCCAAGAAAUCGUCGAAAUCUGAAAAUACUCCUAAAAAUGUUGUAAAAUCUGGUUUGAACAAGAGUGAAGCUCUUGAAGAGAUUGACAAGCUUCAAAAGGAGAUUCUAGCACUGCAAACUGUUAAAGAGUUUGUAAAGAAUUCUUACGAAAUCGGACUUGAAAAGUACUGGGGAAUCGAGAACCAGAUCACGGAAAUGCAGCAAAAAGUGUGUGGUUUGCAGGAUGAAUUUGGUGUUGAUACGGUGAUUGAGGAUGAUGAGGCUCGGAAUUUGAUGGCUAAAGCCGCACUAAAAUCCUGUCAAGAAACCUUGGUUCAGUUGCAGGAGAAACAAGAAAGAUCAGCCCGAGACGCAAAAGAGGAAUUUGACAAAAUCGAAGAUAUCCGUCUGAGAAUGGAGUCCCUCAGGUACAAGUACCUUCGUGAUGAAGCUGACUUGGAAAAGCCGACUGAAAAUGAUAAGUCUGCAAACUUGGGAGAUGAAUCCAAAAGCUUAACUAAAGAUGUGGAUUACACGAUACAACAGAGCCGAGAAAUUGACAUCGUGGUCAAGAAAAUGAACCAAGACGUGGUGGGAUCGAUGGAAUCUCUGACAGUGACAGAAUUUGUAGAGAAGAUUGACGAGCUUGCUAGUAAGGUGAUCAACUUAGAAACAGAGGUGUCGUCUCAGACUGUUCUUAUAAACACGUUAAGAACAGAAGUUGAUGAUCUGCAGGCACAGAUUCAGAAUUUGGAAGGUGAAAAUGAGAUUGGGAUUGAUGGAACAUGUAAUUUGACAACAAGGGUGAAAGUAAUGGAUGACAAAUUUCACAUGAUUCAAGAUCUAAACAAAAAAGUGGAAACACAGAACAGCAAUCUGGCAACGAGCUUUGUCAAAGCUCAUUCUAAUCUUGAUCAUCUGUCUGAGAAACUGACCAGUGUAAAGUUAGAUGAAGAGAUUGAGGUUAACAAUUUAUUAUUAGAUGAAAACCUCAAAAUGAUGAAAACAGAAAACGCUAAGGAUGUAACAGAAGAGGACAUAAAAGAGCUGAGUGUGGAGGAUUCUGUUCAUAACCAACAAGGAGAAGAAAAAGAUGUCAACACAGAGAAUGUAAGAGAAGAGGUUAUAAACGAUCAAAGUGUGGAGGAAUCUGUUCGUAGCCAACAAGGAGAAGGGAAAGAUGACAACAUCAAUAUAAUGAAAGCAAAAAACACAGAGAAUGUAAGAGAAGAGGUUAUAAACGAUCAAAGUGUGGAGGAAUCUGUUCGUAGCCAACAAGGAGAAGGGAAUGAUGACAACCUCAAUAUAAUGAAAGCAGAAAACACAGAGAAUGUAAGAGAAGAGGUCAUAAACGAUCAGAAUCAGGAGGAAUCUGUUCAUAACCAACAAGGAGAAGGUAAAGAAACCCAUAAAGAAUCCAUCGUUCUUUUGGACUCAAAACCACUUGAGCAAGUUUCUGUGGAAUGUUCAAACGACAAGGGGAAUGAACUUAAUGCUGAAUCGCAAAAGGACACAGGGAAAGAAGAUGAGCUAGACUGGCAACAGAAGCUAUUGAAUGGAAUGGAGGAUAGAGAGAAGAUUCUUCUGACAGAAUAUACGACGAUUCUCAGGAAUUAUAAGGAUGUCAAGCGGAAACUUAGUGACAUGGAGAAGAAAGAGUUGGAGUGCCAAUUUGAAAUGGCUGUGCACGAACGAGAACUAAGGGAUACUAUUGCAAAGAGAGAUGAAGAAAUUCAACAUUUACGCCAAAAGUUGAACCAUCUACAAAGAACAUUUAAUGAAAAUGGGGAUUUGAACACUUCAAAAGGUCAAGGAGUUAAAUCGGAAGCACAAACCAAGGUUUUGGAAGUGCAAGAAGAUCUCAUCAGUGCCAAAGAAGACGAUGUCAAGUUUAUUCUCAUUGAUCAAGCUCCAGCCAUUUCAGUGGUGGAGGAAAAGCUCCGGAUGGAUAUUGAUGCAAUACUUGAUGAGAAUUUGGAUUUCUGGUUAAGAUUCAGCACUUCAUUUCAUCUGAUACAGAAAUUCCAGGCUGAAGUUCAAGAUUUACGAAAUGAAAUAUCACAAAUAAAGGAGAAAAAGAGAGUUGCGGGGAGUAUUUCAACAGAGAUAAAAUCCGAGGUCCGGCCAAUAUACAAGCACAUAAAAGAGAUUCAGACAGAGCUUACAAUGUGGUUGGAACAAAGUGUUUCAUUGAAUGAGGAACUGAAGCGCCGACUUGAAUCAUUAUGCAGCAUUCAGGAACAAAUCACGAUAGCUUUGAAGGAGGGAGUCGAAGAAGACGAAAUCAAAUUUAGCAGUCAUCAAGCUGCAAAGUUCCAAGGUGAAGUUGUGAACAUGAAACAGGAAAACAAUAAAGUUAGCGAAGAAUUACAAGCAGGUUUAGAUCAUGUAAAUGCACUUCAACAAGAAAUUGAAAAGACUCUAAGAAAGUUGAAUGAGGAGUUUGAAAUUCCAGGAGAUCAAGAUCGACCAGAGUUAAGUAAUUCAGAGAGUCGGACUCGAAUUCCUUUGAGGUCAUUCAUUUUUGGAACUAAACAAAAGAAGCAGAAGCAUUCUAUUUUCUCUUCUAUGCUACAUAACAGAAGAUAUCAUGUACCCAGAGACGGUGAACCUCUGUAAAAUCUUUAGUUCUUGAUUUUAUUUUGCUCUCGUAUUGUUUAUUUAGCAUCAUUUCUUUUUAGAAGUUCAUACAUUUGGAAAGAUGAAAAAUGAUUUUAUUUAUCUUCCUUUU